CAAAGAUGGCGGCUGACAGUGGAGGUUCGAGUCUCAUAAAGGUUUUGGGUGAAUAUGGGGUCUUUCUUGUCGAAAUGGGAUCUCUACAAGAUAUCUAUGGCUCCCUUAUGAGUAUGUCUAGAAUCAAGCAUACAUGUAUGUCUACUGGAAGGAAGUACCUUGCUGUCGGCAACACAUCUGGUGGUAUCUACAUAUACAACAGAAAGACGCUGAAGUAUGUUCGACUUAUAUCAACCAAGGAAGGAGGAAUCAUUAGGCUUUGUUUUGCUCAUGAAAAAAGCUAUCUGGGUGUUGCAACAAGUAACGGUAUUGUUUUAGUGAUUGACAUUGGCUCAAGAACCAGAGACAAACCAAAGUGUUUAAGACGAUCAGAAGAGCACAAGAAUGCAAGAGUAACCUGCUUUUGCUGGGAUGAUAAUGAUAGCAGACUGUUUGCUGGUGAUGAUCAGGGAUUUGUUAGUGCAGCAUAUUUACCUGUUAAGUUUGGCUCAAGUGUCAGUCAGCCUAAGAAAAGUCUUAUUGGUCAUAAAAGUGCCAUUGUCGGGAAAAGUGAGACAACCAUAAACCAGUUGGACUAUGUUGCAGAGAAGCUGCUUAUAUCUACCAUGACGAAGACUGCUGUACUAGAUCUGGCAAUGUCCCAAUGCUGGCUUGUUGGUUCCAAACCAAGGGAAGGAGCUUUUGGUGCAUGCUUCUUAAAGCAGUUCAACCAAGAAAGUGCUACAAUCUACACAGCACGUCCAGGGUCAAGAUUAUGGGAGGCAAGUAUUGAUGGCCAGGUUAUUUCUACACAACAUUACAAGCAGCUCCUAGCCGUUCCACCAUCACCAGUGCUGGGCUAUGGGCACGAUGCUGAGACAACUCACUCAAAGGAUGAACACAAGCCAAAGUCCUUGAACUUUGCUAAGCUGUUGUUGAUCAGAGAACGCUUCUUGCUAACCUGGCAGGACUCAAACAUCUUUCUUCUUGAUCCUGUGUUAGGACAACUUGCUGGAUGGUAUCAGCUAAACCAAGAAAUCUCAGAUGUCUGUUGCCAUGGGAACCAAUUCUACAUAUACCACAGUGAGGGUCACAUGACUUGGUAUGGUGUGCUGACAGUCAAAGAGACUGUUGCUCGGCUCUUUGAAAUCAGUGACUUCAAUCAAUGCAUUAAGGUUGCCCUUGAAUGCAAGUCCUAUCUUAUCCCAGGCACUGCCAGAGAAUGGGUCCCUGUUUCCAUGGUAACAUCACUAAUAAGGGGUAUCCAAGAGCAACCAGAUUCUCAGGAACUUGUAGAAUCCUUGCAAGAACUAGAACAACUUCUCCAGGAAAAUACAAACAUGUUCACAGACAAGCCACCUGGUUUCCACGGUGAUAGGAAUAUGAUUGACAGCCCUGAAACCAUGAGUGUCAACAGUGAUAUCUGUAGUCACCAUAUGGACUCAGGAUUGGAGGAUGAUGACAACCUGUCAGUCAAUCAAGGUGACGUCAAUGGUGAACAAGCAAGUGGCUUCCAGAAGGAUAAGAAAGAGCUUUCCUUUGAAAAUGCUCUGUUUUCUGUUGCUGCAAAGGCAAAGAAAUUUGCAGGAGAGAGACAAAAAUCUAAUUUACUCAGGCUACCAAGCUUUAGGAAAAAGGCCGCAGAUUCUCCAACAAAGGAGACAAAGAAAGAUGAAGAUUUUACUGAGGAACGAGGAGAGGAUGAGAGAAUGGAAACUGUAACAAAUGAGGGACCAGCUACUGAGGAGAUGAGUGGUGGGGCAGAUUUGAGUGUCUCAGAAAUGCCGUCCCCUGGCGUCCCAAGAAAGACAGCUAGCUUAAGUGCACCUGGGUCUGAUGGAGUCAUGGAUUUAUCUGAUGAAAAUGAACCUAAAUUCGAUUCGGAUGGUGUGGAUAUUAGUACAAGGAGAACCAAGGAUAAAGUUAGAGAAAAAAGGAAGAAAAAGAGAAGGGUUGUAACUGUAGAUAUAAACACACCUUCAAAUAAAUCCCCUGAAAAAAAGUCUGGCACACAACAGGAAAUGAAAAUGCGUUCGGAUUCAUACUCAUCAUACGAAGACACAAAAAUGAAGCUUAAAAGGUCCCAAUCUGAGAGGGCCUCUCCCAUAUCUUAUGUUAUUGCACCCACUCUGAAUGAUGUUCUCUCAGAGCUCCCUCCUGCAAUCCCUGCAAUGUUAUCUAAAGCAAAAGUCUUGAUAAAGAAGAAACUAACCCCAGGAGACAAUGGUGCCGGCAACCCCUUUGAUUUUCAUUCAACCCAGGGUCUCCCAGACCAAAAUGAAGGGGAGGUUAAGGAAGAGGAAAAGGAAGAGGUGGUUCAGGUGCCUUGCCCUGCUAAUGUUGAAGAGCUAGAAAACGUGACAACUAAAGUCAGAGAGGAAGUUCGAGCACCAAAGAUGCUGUACAAUAGAAAGGCAUUACGUCACGUGCUGCAAGAAUGGAUACCAGUCCUACACAGAGCGCUUGACUCAUGUAACAAAUCGUCAUCUUCAUCACAAAGCCCUGGUGUAUGUCUGAAAGACUGGCUAAACGAGACUUCAUAUGCUGAUGUUUGUAUGUUAACUCAAAUGUGUCUGGAUACAGGAAUGUAUGCACGUGAUCAAGAAGAAUGUUCACGUGAUAGUUCUGUUCUUGUUAGAAAGGAAAUUGAAGAAAGAACGCAUGAUGAAAAGGACUGUUCUCGCGAUUACACUGAAGUUAAAAUAGAAGUGAAGAGCUCUAGUUGUCAUGGUGAAUCUACUACUGACGUCAUCUCACGUGAUCAAGAGAUUUGUUCCCUUAAUAAUACACUGCAAUCUGACAGCAUGAGAGAUGCAAGGGAAAGCCCACGUGACAUAGACCAAUCACGUGACAAUGCUGACGUCAUAGGUGAUAAAGAGCAGUCACGUGAUGGUUACGUUGAUAUGGAAAGUUCUAGAGAAGUCUCACAUGAGCGAAAUAUCAAACGGGAAAAUUCUAAUGGGACUUCACUAUCAAAUUAUGAAACACGUACUGAAUGGACGUGUGAUUCAUGUUCAUGGAAUCAUGAGUCGUUUCUAAAACAUAUAUUAAUGACUUCUCUUUCCCAAGCCUCCCAGGAGGCUGAAGGUGAGAAGAAAAGAGACUGGGACAGAGCUUAUUUUAUCAAAAGAUAUUUUGAACUGUUACGAGUGAAAGAUAUUCGAGGUACAUUAGGCGUGACAACAGGACACAAGGAUGCGAGCUGGUCUGUACUACUGCAGUGUAUUAGAGAGUCUUUGAAUCAAGACGACGUCAGCAAUCAUAUAAAGGAAGGAAACGUGACCCGAGCCCUGCAUGUGUUGCAUGAUGGGAUACUUGAGUACCAACACUCGCUGUUGCUGCAUCUAGUAAACUUGUACGAGCUCAGUGGACGAGAGACACUAAUGACUUGCGUCAGAAUGUACCCGGAUGUGUUGCCAUGGGAAGUCAUGGAGAUUUGCCGACACGGAAUGUCACGUGACCCACAAACUAGUGCCCAGUACUUUGUGUACUACAUCGACCAGCUACUGCGAUGGGGCGUGGACGUCAGAGAAAGACGCACCCAGAAGAUUAGUACACUUUGUAGCGACCUCGAGUUUACAAGAAACUGGUUCCAUAGCGCAUUAAUUGCCAGCAAUCCUGAUGGUCAGCGGCAUUGCCACUGUGGGUUACCAAGGUCAGGAUCACACAAGUUGCCAUGGAAACAGGAAGAGCAACUUCAACAGUUGUUAGAUGUUGUUUGUCAGAGAAGAGUUAUUAGUGAAAUGUCUGUUUUCCUCGACAUCUGUUGGAGGCAUGGCUAUUGGGCCGGGGUGCUCAGACUCUUCGCGGCCAUGAACCACAGGAAUCCCAUCAUUCAAGUCAUCGUGUCUUUAGGGGACAUGGCCAACCUUGAUACAGAUAAACCAUGGGGCCCCACCCCGCAAUGUUUGGACGAGUGGAAGACAUUACUGGUACUAGUAGCUUCAAAGACAUCUCAGAAUCAGCAACACGCAUGCUCAGUCAUAAAGGAUUCUGAUUGGUCACCUGAUAUCAAUUGGGAGAAUGUGGUCCAUUUGGCUCUCAAACGGCUUGGGGCUUCGCGUCUGGUGCCAUUACUCCAGGAAGUCCCUUACCAAGAGAUGUCCCUCCCUGUUAACUUUUACCAUAAAUGUAUCAUGGGGAUCGUUAUUGAGAAGGAACAGGGUAAUCUCAUCCAUCAAAUGCUGACGAAAAUGGAUACGUACUUCUGGUCUAAGCGAGCAGGAGUUCUUACUCCCGAGAUGAAUUACCAAAGAAUUCAGGAACAAGAAUCGAAGCCACGCAAAGACGGUUCUGUCGCUUCCAUCACUUCCUUGUCACGUGUCAAGACCAUUGAAGAUGCAGCAACAAACUGGGGCGUCAAUAUACAUCUCGCCGACGCGGUGUGUCCUGUGUGUACGUUACAGCUUGGAGAACAAGUGUCAACCAGUAACCAAGGCCUUCUUGUCUUUGAAUGUGGUCACGUGUUUCACAGGUUGUGUGUUCCCGAACGCGCAUGCGUAGUUUGUUUCCACCAGAAUUUGAAGACAUUGGGUAAGGCGCGCGUAACAAACGAAGAAAAUUCUACUUUGAUUUAACUGAAAUAAUUCAACAAAGACUUAUUUAGAUUAUAGAUAGAAUAUAAAAAGUAUCUAUUUUUAUAAAUUAUAGAAAUGAAAUAUUUUAAAAUACACACAAUACAAAAAAUAUAAUAGAAUUACAUUUAUUUGACAAGAUAAUUUUAUCAGUUGGUAAUUCUGUUUUAGUAGAAAAUUCAAUUGUCCAAGACGAUCAAAGAAAAUACAGUAUAUUACUCAAACACGAAAUUCUUACCUUUCUUAGUACAAACUCUGAAUAUCAUUUCUUUAAAUAAAUAUUUACAAUUAUACAUUGAUUCGUUAACAAAUAAAACACUGCUUUAUUGGUGAAUUAUGUGAAUCUCUCAUUGACUGCUCCUGAGCUUGCGCGUUAAUCUUGUCCAGAGUACUUUGGCUACUAUUGCGCCUGCGCUGUUACUCUUUGGUAGUGCUGCUGACCCCAGAUGUUUGUAGACACUCGA